AUGGAGCUAAUAGCAAUCAUUGGGAACCACGACAUCGGCUUCCAUCAUGAGUAUGUUAAGUUCAGAAGUCUCACUGUUAAAUGGAGGCUACCAAGUGAUGCUCACUUGGUAGCCUUGGUAACACUUGGUAACAUCCUUUCUUUUUGAACAGGAUGAACUGGUACAAACUUGAACGCUUCAAGAGGGUGUUCAAUGUCACUUCUGCCCGGAUCGUAACCAAAAACGGAGUCAGGUAGGUCACACUACUGGAAACAGCAACAUCUAACCUUGUCUAAAAACUCUGCAUGUCAACAGUUUAGCAAUGUGUGGUUUGUGGUUAGUCACGUUGAUGUGUUCCUUAGCUUACAUUAUUGCACCAUCAUUAAUGUAAAUGUUGUAUGUGUGUAUGUGUGUGUGUGUGCGUUUCCCCAUUUAGCUUUGUGCUGGUGAACAGUAUGGCCAUGCAUGGAGACCGUUGCCCCAUCUGCGAGCAUGUGGAGAACAAGCUGUACAGCCUCUCUCAGGCUAUCAACUGCUCUGUGCAGGUGAUCUUCAUCACAAUCAUCAUCCUCAUCAAUGCCACACACACACAAACAACACACAGCACACAACAAACACUCACACACAAUACACAACACACACACACACACACACACACACACAGAGACCGCUGCCCCAUCUCUGAGCCCGAUAAUGGGGGUUAUCGGGCAUUUGAGAGAAGCAGAGAUUUGAGCGUUGACUAAAUAAAGCUGUUUCUCUCCCGGAUGCAAUCAAGUCCCAGAGCCACCAUAUGGCUUUUGCGUGUUACUCAGUGCCAAACAGAUUUGUGGGUAAAAAAAUGUUGGUUAAUCCCAGACUUUAGUUACGAAUGUCCCAAAAUUUUUUGGCCCUAAAAGUCUUUUGAAACUUGGUCAUUAUUAUGUUGUCACAAAAGAUAAAAGCUUUUCCUUACACAUUGUCAACAUACUGUUACUUCCAAUGUCAAAGUAGAUUGUAAUGAUAUUGUGGAUUUCACAGAGCCAUCGGUCAAGCAGCAUAAGAAUGUACUGUCAGGAGGAUAUGCAGAAGUUUCCCCGCUCAUCGCCUGUCAUUUUACAGGUACGACUUGAUGUGUGUGUGUGUGUGCGUGCGUAUCAAAUAAAAUCAAUACAAUUAAAUGUUAUUCGUCACAUGCUUCGUAAACAACAGGUGUGGACUAACAGGGAAAUGCUUACGGGCCCUUCCCAACAAUGCAGAGAAAGAAAAUAGAGAAAUAAUAGAAAAGUAAAACACAUAAUAAUGAAAGUCAUAAUAGAUACAGAAUGAGUAACGAUAACUUGGCUAUAUACAAGGGGUACCAGUACCGAGUCCAUGUGUCACGACUUCCGCCGAGGCUGCCUCCCCUCCUUGUUCGGGCAGGCUUCGGAGUUCGUCGUCACCGGCUUACUAACCACUGCCGCCCCAAUUAUCAUCACAUUUGUCUUGUCUUGUCAAUCACACACACCUGGUUAUAAUCCCCUCAUUAGUCCGUAUAUAAGUGUUCCCUCUGCCCCCUUGUCCUUGUGGGUGAUUGUUUGUAUGUGAGAGUAGUGUAGCUCGGUGGAGCUACUCGUACCAUUUUGUUGCCAGGGUAGAUAUUUCCCCUGUGCCUAUGUAUUGUUGGAGAUACCGUUACAGUGUAUUGCCAGGGUAGAUAGUUUCCCCUGUGCCUGUUUUGUUUGUCGCUAUUCCAGCGUAUUUUGUGUAACGAAGGAAUAAACUCUGUAUUCUGUGAUUACCCUCCUGCGCCUGACUCCUUCCAUCACACUCAUCACACCAUGUUCAGGGGUACGAGGCAAUUGAGGUAGAUAUGUACAGUAUUUGAUCCCAUGCUGAUUUUGUACCUUUGCCCACUGACAAAGAAAUGAUCAGUCUAUAAUUUUAAUGGUAGGUGUAUUUGAACAGUGAGAGACAGAAUAAAAACAAAAAAAUCCAGAAAAACUUAUGUCAAAAAUGUUAUAAAUUGAUUUGCAUUUUAAUGAGGGAAAUAAGUAUUUGACCCCCUCUCAAUCAGAAAGAUUUCUGGCUUCCAGGUGUCUUUUAUACAGGUAACGAGCUGAGAUUAGGAGCACACUCUUAAAGGGAGUGCUCCUAAUCUCAGCUUGUUACCUGUAUAAAAGACACCUGUCCACAGAAGCGAUCAAUCAAUCAGAUUCCAAACACUCCACCAUGGCCAAGACCAAAGAGCUCUCCAAGGAUGUCAGGGACAAGAUUGUAGACCUACACAAGGCUGGAAUGGGCUAUAAGACCAUCGCCUAGCAGCUUGGUGAGAAGGUGACAACAGUUGGUGCGUUUAUUCGCAAAUGGAAGAAACACAACAUAACUGUCAAUCUCCCUCGGCCUGGGGCUCCAUGCAAGAUCUCACCUCGUGGAGUUGCAAUGAUCAUGAGAACGGUGAGGAAUCAGCCCAGAACUACACGGGAGGAUCUUGUCAAUGAUCUCAAGGCAGCUGGGACCAUAGUCACCAAGAAAACAAUUGGUAACACACUAAGCCAUGAAGGACUGAAAUCCUGCUGCGCCCGCAAGGUCCCCCUGCUCAAGAAAGCACAUAUACAUGCCCAUCUGAAGUUUGCCAAUGAACAUCUGAAUGAUUCAGAGGAGAACUGGGUGAAAGUGUUGUGGUCAGAUGAGACCAAAAUCGAGCUCUUUGGCAUCAACUCAACUCGCCGUGUUUGGAGGAGGAGGAAUGCUGCCUAUGACCUCAAGAACACCAUCCCCACCGUCAAACAUGGAGGUGGAAACAUUAUGCUUUGGGGGUUUUUCUGCUAAGGGGACAGGACAACUUCACCGCAUCAAAGGGACGAUGGACGGGGCCAUGUACCGUCAAAUCUUGGGUGAGAACCUCCUUCCCUCAGCCAGGGCAUUGAAAAUGGGUCGUGGAUGGGUAUUCCAGCAUGACAAUGACCCAAAACACACGGCCAAGGCAACAAAGGAGUGGCUCAAGAAGAAGCACAUUAAGGUCCUGGAGUGGCCUAGCCAAUCUCCAGACCUUAAUUCCAUAGAAAAUCUGUGGAGGGAGCUGAAGGUUCGAGUUGCCAAACGUCAGCCUCGAAACCUUAAUGACUUGGAGAAGAUCUGCAAAGAGGAGUGGGACAAAAUCCCUCUUGAGAUGUGUGCAAACCUGGUGGCCAACUACAAGAAACGUCUGACCUCUGUGAUUGCCAACAAGGGUUUUUCCACCAAGUACUUAGUCAUGUUUUGCAGAGGGGUCAAAUACUUAUUUCCCUCAUUAAAAUGCAAAUCAAUUUAUAACAUUUUUGACAUGCGUUUUUCUGGAUUUUUUUGUUGUUAUUCUGUCUCUAACUGUUCAAAUAAACCUACCAUUAAAAUUAUAGACUGAUCAUUUCUUUGUCAGUGGGCAAACGUACAAAAUCAGCAGGGGAUCAAAUACUUUUUUCCCUCACUGUACAUUUAACUAGGAAUAUGUGACAGAUAAUAAACAGUAGCAGCGUAUGUGAUGAGUCAAAAAAGUUUGUGUAAAAAGGGUCAAUGCAGAUAGUCCGGGUAACUAUUUAACUAACUAUUUAGCAGUCUUAUGGCUUGGGGGUAGAAGCUGUUCAGGUUCCUCUUGGUUCCAGACUUGGUGCAUCGGUAACACUUGCUGUGCGAUAGCAGAGAGAACAGUCUUUGACAGGUGGCUGGAAUCUUUGAACAUUUUUAGGGCCUUCCUCUGACACCGCCUGGUAUAGAGGUCCUGGAUGGCAGAGAGCUUGGCCCCAGUGAUGUACUGGUCCAUACGCACAACCCACUGUAGCGCCUUGCGGUCGGAUGCCAAGCUGUUGCCAUAUCAAGCGGUGAUGCUCUCAACGUUGCAGCUGUAUAACAUAUUGAGGAUCUAAGGGCCCAUCCAUGCCAAAUCUUUUCAGCCUCCUGACGAGGAAAAGGCGUUGUCGUGCUCUCUUUACAACUGUGUUGGUGAUAUAUUCUUAGUGAUGUGGACACAGAGGAACUGGUGUUGCAAGCGCCACACUCUACCAACUGAGCUACACGGGACUGAGCUACACUGGACUGAGCUACACGGGACUGAGCUACACGGGACUGAGCUACACUGGACUGUGCUACACGGGACUGAGCUACACGGGACUGAGCUACACGGGACUGAGCUACACUGGACUGAGCUACACGGGACUAAGCUACACUGGACUGAGCUACACUGUACUGAUUUACAUGGGACUGAGCUACAAUGGACUUACUAUAGGUCAUUGCAGUGUCAUUGUUUAUCCUUCUUGGUAAAGAGCUUAUUUGUUCUUGAAUCGUGCAAGGGUGCCAAUAUACACUCACAGGUCAGUUUAUUAGGUACACCACCCCGUGUGGGCAGCACUACCGCCUGAAUGAUGCAGAGUGCACUGGGCAGGGCACCACCAGGUGUUCCAUGAGCACUAUGAUGUGCUAUCCCAGGAGCUUUCUCAAAGGAUGCGCUUAGAUACUCAGAACUAUCACUCACACCUUGGAUUCAUCUCCAUUGUCUAAAGUGGCCUCCUCCGCUUGCUUUCAUAAGUUGUUUUUUUCCAGAUCAGUGCAGAUGAAGGAAAGGGCACAACAGAGGAAGCCACUUUAGACUGAGAUACAUCCCUAGUGCUCAUUCUGAAGGGUAUCUUUCUGACUGGUUAUCACUUAGAGGCUUGUGAUUGGAGAAAUAUGAUGGAUUAUUUUGGUUCCACUCUACAGUUAUUUUGGUGGUUUCCACCCCGCCUUAUCUUGAGUGGCCACACCCACAGUGCCUGUAAGGUGGUUCAUGACAACAAGCACCCAGAGGUCAGCGUUCCAUCCUUCAGCUUGAGGAACCGCAACAACCCCAGCUUCAUCCUGGUAACUAACUAACUGUUGGGGUCAAUACCAUUUCAAUUUAAGUUUACUACCUGAAUUUAAAUAAAGUGCUAGAACAGUAGAGAAUCAGUACACAACCUCUCUCUCUGCAGGGCACCUUCUCUCCACGGACUUCCAGUUGGCCAGGUGCUUCCUGCCAGAGGAGAGCAGCGUGGUGGCCAACUACUGCGCCACAGCCGUCUCCCUCCUGCUCAUGGCCCACCUCCACCUCUCCAAGAGCUUCAUGCUCCUAGCCACCAGCCUCAUGGGCAAGCACAAGGGCCUGUGA